UGUUCAAAGAGAAAAUGGCGGCAGGUAGUGAGAGCAACUGUUUCUUCUUUUACCUCUUUUUCUUUUCUGUUUUGCGCAUCACAUCGGCUCUAAGAUGCGAGGAUAUCUCGGUUCAAAAUCUCUCAAGAGACUGGCAUUUUUUACUGGGACCAAAGGAUUCCAUCAUUGCGGUGUGUGUGCAUGGUGGGGAGCUUAGGUUGUCUCGCCUUUGGGCAAGUGUUAAAGUCAUGCUCAAAUUUGAAAAAACAGAGGUGCAGUUCUAUGAGGCUGAAAGCUGCUCAGCCUUAAAUCCAGCAAAUAAGUCCUGGGCAUCAGUGUUUCAGUCAUUUGUCACUUCAAGGAAUGUUUUGGAUCAAAUCAUGUUCAGUUACUCACCAUUUAAGACGUCAUGCUUUGCAGUUGAUUUAAUUAAAGAGAGGCAAACUGUGAGAGUGGAGGCUUCACUUCGAGCUAUUGACUGGUAUUUCCCAGUAACUUUCCUGGCAGGGCUUGUGAUAUUUUACAACGCAGAAAGACUUAGUAGGAAUGCUUUGUUUUUUUACUCGUCGGGAGUGUCACUUGGCGUCAUUGCUUCCCUGUUGAUUUUGGUUUAUAUUCUGCACAGACUUGUCCCAGGGAGAGGAAGUGCCUAUGCUAUCUUGUUAGGAGGUUGGAGUUUUGCUGCCUACCUUAUCCAAUUCACAUGUGGUCACUUGAAGGAGCUCAUGGUCAACCAAUAUCAGUGGGUCAUUGGAUAUCUUGUGAUAGUAGGUACAAUCAGCUUCUGUGUUUGUUAUUAUCGCGGUCCCGUGACAAGUGACCGGGGAUUGGACCUUAUACGCUGGAUGUUGCAAUUCAUCGGACUGACACUACUAUAUAUGGGUACUCGGUCGGACGUGGUUUCUUUUGGACUGAUAACAGUGGUGUUGUUUUCACAUGUUAUUCGCAGUAGCGGUAUUCUCAUGAAGAUAUUUCCAAAAACUUGGAUUUCCUACAGAGUUUAUUACUUCUUCUUUCCACCCAAACACAAGUUUCUAUCACUGGAGGAGUAUGCCUUAGAAGGGGCGGAGGAAACAAGCAGAGCUUUAGAAGAUCUUCGAGAAUAUUGCAAGAGUCCUGAGUGUGAUACUUGGCGAGUGGUGAGUCGACUGAAGCAUCCAGCAAGAUUUGCUUCAUUCGUGGCAAGCGGACAGCAUUUUCUAGAAGAAGAAGUCAAGAAAUACGAGGAUGAUCCAUCGGCAUGGAUGACGUCAGACAGUGAUGGAAGUGACGGAGAACCUGAUGACCGUAUUGAUUUACACUCGUAACCGUUCAACGCCAAGAAGCAGCAACAGACCUCCACGUCCUGGACACAUUUUCCAUAAGCGGACGGUGUCAAUGAGUCAUCGUCUGCGCAAGGUCCUUUUAGCACUACAGCUGGCAUGCAAUUGCCAAUUUGGAGGUACCCGGUCUGUGCGGAGACUGUGAACUUUUGUGGUUAACUACUGUUGGGGAUUGUAUGUACGUUGCUGGCUCCUCUCAAUUGUACACUGUUUGUCAAUGGACGUGCAAGAAUCGUGGCACCCUGUGGAGUUAAGACGGAAGGAAAGGACUGGGAAAAGUCAUCCCUUAGUUAUGAGACAAAUGAUUUUUAAACGUUGCCAAACAAAACGAACUUUUUUGACGUUUUUUAAUGAAAUAAUUCACAAAAUUUUACUGAGUUCAAGCUGGUCUUGAUCACCAAGUGUGCAUAGUUAACACGUUGUUUUAUUUUAUACUUCCACUUUCCUCGUAUUCGUCGCUCGGAUUUUGGCAUGUAUAGUACAUUCAGAGCAAUGUUUGAUGGGUACAAGAUUGGUGAAAGUCUUACAGAGUCAGGUUUUGGAUAGAGGAAGGAGGAGUGUCUGUACUUUUCAAGAUAAGUCGAACUCGCACAAAAUGUAUUAGCCAUGGAUAGCUAAAAUCGGGAAUCAAUUUUACCCAGGAAUGGAAACAAAUCUACACACCCAUCUCUUGGAAAUCUGCUUUUCAUUUUGAAAUGUAUUUUGCGUUUGCUUUUUUCCUUAUGAUCACUUCCAAGGAUUAUUAGUUACCAAAAUUCAGUUCAGUAAACAAAUGCCUAAACAUAGAAGCGCCAAACUUCAUCCAACAAUUCUCACAUCACCCUAGUCAGGUUGAUUUUAAUUUCUUGUGUUAGCGUCUUUUUAUUAAUAAAGUUAACUUACACCUACGA